AUUGGUGUGCAAGCUUGCUUGUAGUUAGCUGUCACCUGCCCGUGAAACAACCCAUGGCCCUGUUUAUGGCCACACUUACGAGAGAUACUCGUCUUUAUGUAUCAGAAUCUGAAAUCUCUUCCGCGACUUCUAUAGACCAUUGCAAUUUUUGAAGAAAUCGAAGCCAGAAUUAUCUCGAGUGGCUUUUUUGACCCUGAGCUGUGAAGACGAGAAAAGCGAGUAAUGGAAAACGAGUAGUUGAGUGGCUUAAGGAGUGAGACGAGUGACUUCCUUUCAUCCAAGUCAAGUAUCUGAGAGUCUGUGUGUGGCUGAGCGUGAGAGGUGAAAGAGCAAGAGCUGAAAAAUGAAAAUUGAAAAAGCACGUGGAUUAUAGUUUCUUUUUUGAGAGACAGAGCACCCUUCUAAUUGUAAUUUUUACAAUUCACGAAACCAUUCUCCUUAGACUUUAAAAAAAAACGAAAAAUAAAUGGGAAGAACUAUCUUGCCAACAUGUGUCACAGGUUGUGGUAGGCUACCAAAAAGGUGGUCGGGAUGAACAAUAUUAAAGCCACUAGCUCUAGCUACCGUGGAUUCACAUUUCAAAGAAUUUGAAUUGGUAGAUUCAAAUGAAGUAGCACGAGCAGUUGGACUAGAACUUUGACUUUCAGUUUUUUUUUGACAAACCUGAGUGACUAAAACAGAAAUCGAAAGCGUACUUCUUGAAGGGAAAACAGGGAAUGCUGGAUACUUCCGUACCCGCGACCCCCUGGGUCGAUCAUGACGAUGAUACUGAGAUGCAGCCAGUAGCGCAUCGCUCAUCAUACCGCUUUAGCCGAGAGGUGGACGAAGCUGUUGACAUAGCAAGCUGCGAGUCGGACACAGAUGAUUGCACUGUCCCGGAGAGUGGUUUGCUCGCAGUCAACUCUUUCGCACACAGUUUCUCGUCACCAGCGAGUAGUUCGAGCUCGUCAUCGUCGUCGAGCUCGUCGGAGGGACGAACGACUACUAGAGCAGUUAGGUGCAACUCCAGGAUAAAAAACACCACUGCAUCUUCUUCCAGCUCGAGGAGUGGGAGUAAAACAAGAAAACAGACAAUCAGCACAACAAGCUCAAGAAUUGGGCCAACAACUACUAGAAUGUUGACCUCAGCAGCUAGUACAGCCACAGCUAGAACAAGGAAAACUACAAGACCAAGACAACACCUCGGCAGCAAGAUGAAAAGACUACUCGCGACGUCGACGGCUCUCGUGAACCUAGUUUCCGGCGAUUUGAACAAUCUCUAUCCGCCAACGUACGUGAGCAAUCCCAUCGCUAGGCACGUGGCUUUCAAUGUGGAAGUAAACAAGCCAGGCAUAGCACAAUUAGCGGGUUAUGAGGAGAGCAACCAUCCUUUGGAGUACUACAUCACGUCACUGCCGGAAGUGGGGAAACUGUAAUUUGGAUGAGUUUAAAAAUUUCACUGCUCUUGGCGUAUAUUAAGUAUCUAUAAGAACGUCGUUUAUUAAAUUUUCUGCAAUCUCGAUCUCCGACAACAAGAAGUUCUCUAACGUCGUUUAAAUUUCUCUGCUUUGGAUGUUUGGUAGCUGUCCUUGAUCAACAACCAGGUACGAAACAUCGCAGAACUAUCGUUCUUAUGGCUCGGAACCGAAAAACGCGCCGACGCCUUUGCAAGGACAUCAACUGCCUUUCCUAGUGACGGAUCAGCUUUACCGAGUGGCCUACAUUCCACCCGCGAACGUAAUUUUGUGUAAACCAACGUUGAUGAAGUUGUAAUUCAUGCCUAGUAGAAAGGAAAGUAUGACUACACAUCACAUGUGUGAUCACAUUUAUUCUGUUGUCGGCUCUACUACAUUCAUCUGAAGACUUGCUUCUAUUCAAAAUUCAUUUCCGCAGCGGCAGCUGCAUCCAAAACCUCCAGGUCUUCGCCCCAUAUCAACAUCUCAAAAACUCCAGGUCUUCGCCCCUGUCGGUCGAUGGGCUUCGUUUUCUUACACCGUCAAAGAUACAGUAACCAAUACUUUCUCGGAGCCAGGGAGAUGCGUCCUUGCCAAUGCGGCUGGGGUAGUGGUCGGCUCAUCCUAUGUCUCAGGACCGGACGGCUGGACCAUUGAGGGCAACUUGUUGCAAUCAACGCCAGUCCAUCAGCCAUAUGCAUGGGGGAAAUUGAACAGGUAAUAUUUAGUCAUUCUCAACAUAAGGCUAGAUUACUUACUUCAAAUACCUCCUGUAGAUAGGAGGAGGAGGAAAAAGAUGACCUGGAACUCAUCAUUGAGGAGUUGAUGAGUUCCAGGUCUUUUUCCUCCUCCUCCUUCCUUUCGCUCCGGCAUCUCCAACCAUUGAUUCAUCCAUCUCCCUACCAACGGCAAACAACAUAUACUGUAGGUCUCCCUCCCAACGGCAAACAUGUAGGUACAUCUACGGCACCGACGAAGUUCAAUAUGUGGACUUCGUUACCGGAGUCGAUCGUCAAAGCUGGUACUUCGUUGCUCCUCAGUCGUACAGUUCUCAGGAUAUGGCGGCGACGUAUGGUGGGACUUUGACAUUUACUGUCAAGGCAACCUAUGGAGAUUUCGACUACUUGAACCAACCGCCGGCCUUAGACUGGGUCGUUCUCGAGUGUGCGAGUUGCAAUGAUGGGAAAGGUACUUACUGUAAGUAUUAUACAGUUCAUCCUCUGGGGCUGUCGGACAGCGCCGGCGCUUAUUUAGUAGUAGAUAAGUACUUGCCUGACUUUUCUUUUUUCGGUUUUUGUUUUUUGUAUUUAGGUAUGCUCCACCAACAUUACUACACAGUUCAUCCUUGAAGAUCAAAUUCAAAAAAUUGAUAAUAUUAAUACGAAUACUUCUCACCUUACGGCUUACUAGUAGGUAGUGAAACAAUCGCCGUUAAUUACGCAGGUCUCCGAAUCGUCCGUCAAGUGGAUGCUUUUUUCAAGUGGCAUGGUGAGGAAACCACUGUGGAGCUCGAGAUUCGAGGUGGUAACUCCUGGGUCCGUGACCCGCUCAACGGCGCUUUGCCUUAUACUUCGGCCACAGAGUGCGAGAUUGCUGCGACCUUAAAUGGGUUGACGAAGUUGAAGAUUCUAGGUGAUUUUACCAAGGCAGGAGAAGGUGUCGCGGUAGACGACGUGUCGAUCACGAGAGCACCAGUGCAACCAGCAUUUCCGAUCGCGUGUCAACAAGGUGAGAAUUUUUUGACUUUUUUCAACGUUUAUGCUCUUCAAUGAUGAUGACAUCAGUGAAUACAUUUCCACUCUUCUUUCCCUGUCUUCAAUGUCAAAAUCAAUUCGAUGAAUUCAAAAGUAUAGUUAGUAACGUAAAGUGGCAGAAGACGGUUAAGUGUCAGAAGAUGGUAACAACUAGGUAUUAGUUACCAUCUUCUGACAUUUCUAUUUUUCUGAAAACUAGGCGAACUGAAUGUACUUGUACUCAAUAAACGGAUCCGAGCAUACGACAGGUUGCACAUGCCGACACUAUCCGGCUAUGAAGCGAUUGAGUUGCUGCGGAAAUCUGGUCCAGACAACUCAAGCAACGAGUGAGCUGUAGACUUCUACGUAAAAAGAAUAGGAAAGGACAGGGAAACAAGAAGUAGAUUAAGGUGGUAAGUAUACUAGACUGAGAAAGCGAAGCCUAGGUGCACAGGUUACCGUUACCGUAUUAAGCUGGUUGCGACCGGGACUGUAGCAUGGAUUACGAUUACAGUCAACCUCUUAACCAAUAGCAAAAGCGAUAGUACGUAGAAAAAUCAGAACAUCAAGGAUUGAUGAUUGAUGCUGCUGCUGGUCACAUUUUUAUUUGUAACACAAGAACGAUAAGAAGGUUAUUACCUCCACUAUCGUCUAGAAACUCCAACAUUGUAAGUAACACAACUAGAAGAUAAGAUUAACUAUGGAUGCCCAAUGCAGUAUUUUUUUGACAAGAUGACCGACGUAGCCGUACGUAGCUGGUUAGGUUCGGUGUUUUUUUGACAUGAUCUUAGUGAAUAGUGGCGUUUAGGCCACUUACAACAAAUCAAAUACAAACAUCAAUUCUAAUUCAAUUACUGCAGGAGAUAAUUUGUAUACCAUUGUUGCUGACCGACAGAGACAUCGUCAGAAUCAAAAUUAUGUGAUGUAUUCAAGGACAAAGAUCGUGGUUGUGCUUCUUGAAGUUCUUCGUUUUCAUACAUUUGCGAACUGUAAUCGAAGCGCGACGCAAUCAACAUGAAGUACUAUCGCAAAAACAAGAAUGAGAAUGAAAACAAUGAUUUCUUCCUGUAUCAGAAAUUGAACUACUAACGAUUUGCAGUGCUGGAGACCGGUUUGAAUUUGAGGUCCAACUAGAAAGGCUUGCGUUCAUUUU